AUGAAGUUAGUUUUGCAGAUAAUAAUGACUGAAAAUGAUAGUCGAAUUAACGAAGAUGUUGGUUGCAGUGACGAAGCAGCAGUUCGAAAACAAUUAAUUAUUAACGAAAAUAUUUGGUUUCAACGAAAUUUUGGUAGUCGGUUUCUUCUAGAACUGAUCAUAAAAGCAUGUUGCAAUCAGUUGCAUUCAUCGAAUAAACUUAAUUCAUCAGAAAUUACCUCAAAAGCAUUACCGGAAAAAAUCCAACUUUCACAGAAGAAUGGACAGGAUGUAUUACGAGUCUCUGUUACUUUACUCGCUGAAAAUAUUCUUCAGACUGAAGUUGUUUUAAAAUAUCCAAAAAUGCCUGGAGGCAUAUACAAAUCUUCUGCUCAGCCAGAUAUUCACUGGAAAUUGCAACAAUUACUAGAUGUUGGUAAUUACUGCGUCAAGGCUUUAAAUGCUAUUAUUAAAGUAAUAUUAGAUAAUAAUAUUAAAGCAAAUAUGUUUGCAGGCGAAGGAAUUAAUAAAUUGAUUAAUCUUGCUCGAUCAACUUUGUAUUUGCCGCGCAAACGUACUUUGCUCGAACUAUGUAAUUUUCCUCCGAAUCGGUGUUUUAUUCCGCCAUUACCUCCCGAUCUUGUAUUCUCAUAUUAUAUUGGAUCUACACGAUUGAUUUGUGCAGCUUAUUAUACUUCUUUUAAAGCUAAUGGAAUGCAAAAUUUGAGCGUAAUCCAGUCUGAAUGUCAGUUACCAUAUCUUGUGGACCUUUUAUUUUCAUUAAACAAAGCAUUAAAUACUGCUCAACAGUUUCGCUAUCACCUAAAAUUACUAAAUUCAUCUAGUGAGGAUGAGUUUACAAAUGACUUGUAA